GAUAAUAAAGCGAGUCAAAUGUGAGUCUCCAGGGCCGAAACCUACGCGGGGUUAACGAGACAAAUUAACCCAACCCAACCCAGCUGAUUGUUUUUGUAAUGAGAUUGCAAUAAACAAUUUUAGAGAGUGAAAUAGUGAGUGACACACACAUUACAUACACAUGUUUCCAAAUUAGUCCGAUGUUGAAUUUCCAGUUCGUGUCGAUACAUCAUAUGUUCUGUAUAUGUAACAACAAGAAUCAAAUCUCAACCUCAAAACCCCAACAACAACAAGAAUUCAUCAAAACCCAUUAAGGUUUUCAAGGCUAAUGUUUGAAGCCGUGCACGAGAUCGCCAUUUACAUUCAUAGAUUUCAUAAUCUUGAUCUCUUUCAACAAGGAUGGUAUCAGCUAAAGAUUACUAUGAGAUGGGAGGAUGGCAACUCCUCUUCUGUAGGAUUUCCAUCAAGGGUUGUUCAGUAUGAAGCUCCGGACUUGGGAUCUGAUGAUGUAUAUGGAGUAUGGAAGAUAGAUGAUACAGAUCACAGUUUUUCAUCUCAGCCUUUUCGAAUUAGAUAUGCCAGGCAGGACGUUCUUCUUUCACUCAUGGUCUCUUUUAACUUACCCCAUGAUAUCUCUAAGAUUCGUAAUCAGGGUGUAUCCACAACUGCGGUCAUACUGAAAUUUGAGCUGAUGUACGCAGCUGUUCUGGGAAACCGUUCUACUUUGCAGGCUUCUCUGGAUGUACCUGCUGCAGUUCAUGAAUUUCGUAUCCCACCUAAAGCUCUUCUGGGACUGCAUUCGUAUUGCCCUGUUCAUUUUGAUUCCUUCCAUUCUGUGCUUGUUGACAUAAGUCUGCACAUUACCUUAUUGAAGGGUGGUGUUCAUAACUCCUCUACAAAGCCACCAAGUGUUUUUUGGGCUGAUAAUGGUGGUGCAGGUGGCAAUUAUGAUAGAUUAAAGCAAGUUGUGCUUGUUAAAGCUUUAUUUGGUGCUCGUGAUCUGUUUCUCGAAGAUCUGCAUAAACUCAGCAAGGGAAUAAGUAAAACAAUUAAUUUUACCAACCUGACAUCCAAAUUUAAUGAGAAAAAUUUGCCUCCAAAGGUGGGCUUGGGAACUUCAGAUGCUGAAGUCCGCAAACUAGCGUCAAGUAUAUCACUAAACCUUGUUGAGAAAGACAAUGGCAAUAUUGAUUUCCGGAGUGACUUUAUUCAGUCAUUAUCCAGGGAUGAACUAUUCGCUGCUUUCCAUUCUCUCGGGGACCAGUUGUUGUAUCUAUGGAACGUGUUUCUACAAUUCCACAGGGCUAACAAAAUAAAAAUUCUGGAAAUUCUCCGUGACACAUGGGCUAGUGAUAGAAAAGCUGAAUGGUCAAUAUGGAUGGUAUACUCUAAAGUAGAGAUGCCUAACCAGUAUAUAAGCAGUGACAUUGAUGGCGCUUCACAACAAGCUCUUCGAAGGAAAGCGCUUGCUCUACGAAAGCUAAAUGAAGAUCCAGCCCAGGCUGCAGCUACCCGUGCAGAGCUUCAUCGGCGUAGUAUUGCUCAGAUGAGGAUCAAUAACCGGUCCAUUCAAGACAUGCAUAUAUUUGGAGAUCCAUCAAGAGUUCCAAUUAUAAUUGUAGAACGAGUUGCAAAUGCACCAAGGCGUACUGCGAGUGGAGAUUCGUACUUCAGCUACCUUGAUCAGAAGCAUACAUUUGGCAUGCAGUCUGAAACUGGUUCCAAGUCUGUUAAGAAGUUAUCUGGUACAGCCCACAAGAGUAGCCGCAAUUUGAAGAUUGCUAUCUUUGUCCAUGGUUUUCAGGGACAUCAUCUGGACCUAAGGCUUGUCCGAAAUCAGUGGCUUUUAAUGGAUCCAAAAAUAGAGUUUCUUAUGUCAGAAGCAAAUGAAGAGAAAACAUCAGGAGACUUUAGAGAAAUGGGACGAAGACUGGCUCAAGAAGUAGUUUCAUUUGUGAAAAAGAAAAUGGAUAAAGCCUCUCGAUCUGGAGUGUUAAAUAGUAUAAAGCUCAGCUUUGUUGGGCAUUCUAUUGGAAAUGUCAUUUUAAGAACCGCUCUGGCAGAAGAUAUCAUGGAGCCAUAUUUAAGAUACUUGUACACAUAUGUUUCUAUAUCUGGUCCGCAUCUAGGUUAUCUAUAUAGUUCGAACUCUUUGUUUAAUUCUGGGCUUUGGCUUCUGAAGAAACUGAAAGGAACUCAGGUCAUUCAUCAGCUCACAUUUAGUGAUGAUGUGGAUCUGCGUAAUACCUUCUUUUACAAACUAUCAAAGCAAAAGACCUUGGAUAAUUUCAAGAACAUAAUACUGAUGUCAUCACCACAGGAUGGUUACGUUCCAUAUCACUCUGCUAGAAUGGAAAUGUGUCAGGCAUCUUCUGGAGACUAUUCAAAAAAGGGAAAAGUAUUUCUAGAGAUGCUUAAUAAUUGUUUGGAUCAGAUUCGAGCCCCAUCCUCGGAGCAGCGAGUAUUCAUGCGAUGUGAUGUUAACUUCGAUAUUUCGUUGCAAGGGAGGAACUUGAAUACCUUUAUUGGAAGAGCUGCUCAUAUAGAAUUCCUGGAAACUGAUAGUUUUGCAAGGUUCAUAAUGUGGUCAUUCCCUGAAUUGUUUUAACCGUGUUCCUCUCAUUAUCAUGUUGGCUGCAACAAAGUCUAGUAUCUGUGAUGCUCCAAGGACUUUCCACUAUUACCAUACAGAGGACAUAUAUUCGCGGCUGCGAGUUUUACCAGGAAGGGGAUCACAUCUGGUCACAGAGAUUAUAUACUGCUAUCUGAUGGAGUACUUGGAAAAUUUUGUCAUCAAAACUAAAUGUGAAAAUGUCUUGCAUCUUCCCGCGAAGUCUUGUGGAAGCCUCAGGCCUGAGCAAUACUGCAGCCAACAGCAAGUCUCGUGUAUUUCACGGAAUAACUGGUUGUAUACUGGAUUCUAGAGGGCUGCAAGAUAAAAGUUGUAAUAUAGUUUUGUAUGUACAGAGUCGAUCUAGUUUAACCUGUAAUAUGUCAAGAUGGGUUAGUAUACAUUUCCAAUAAUUUUCUGUCAAUGAUACUAACACAUGAACACUCAAAUGUCAGGUUCUUCCUAGUUUGUAAUCAUAGUAUGCUGAUAGUAAUACCAAAGUCUUGUUGCUGGAGGAAAAGUAGUCUUUCAACUUCCUAACCAUAUUUUGCUGAUACAGGGAUUCUUUGCAGGUUGCAAGAGUUUUAACAUUAAUAUUUAAUAUUUAUUUGUGGCUUUG